AUGCGCUUCCGAUCAUUGCCGUUCCUCCUCUCCAUAGCCUCAGCCGUCAGCGCAGAGCCGGACGAGCUUCCGUCCACCACAACCCACGCCCCAGCAUGUACGGCUACGUCGCAUACCGGUAGUGGCGGCUUCUACGACCUGCGGCCGGACAUGGCUGUGAUGGCCGAUGACAACACAAAGAAGUCGGCCGUGACCAAGGAUUACUUCUCAAAGGGGUAUGACUACGGCAGGAACUUUACACUCAACAUCUGCGGCGCCGUUGUCGACCCCGUGCACGAUGUCGUGGGUGUAGAUUCUGGUCUUUGGCAGAACGUAAGCGCAUACUACAUGUCGCGCGGAGAGAUUAUUUCUAUAGGCUCCCAAUCGAUGGAUUUGCAGAGUCGAGGUCGCAAGCUAGUUCUACAAUACACCGGUGGCUCUCCUUGCGGUGAAGAUGCCGAACCGACAAACGUAUUCGGACGACGGAGCGAUUUCAGCUAUAACGAUGAGGAUGCGACUUAUACCCCCGUACCCGAGGCCUCUCAGGAGCCCAAGCCGGUAGACACUCGAAGGCGCAAGUCAACCACCAUCUCGUUCCACUGCGACAGAGAUCCCGGCAGCACCUCUGCCAGCGUCUCUUUUGUGGGAACCGACCCUGAAGAGUGCGCCUACUUCUUCGAGGUGCGGUCCUCGCACGCCUGCGCCCACGCCGAGCCGCACAAGCCUGGUAGUGUAGGCCCCGGCAGCAUCUUUGGGCUGAUUGUGCUCAUCGCCGUGCUCGUCUACUUCCUGGGCGGCAUCUUUUACAACCGAACCGUGGCCCACGCCCGCGGGUGGCGCCAACUUCCCAACUACAGCCUCUGGGCCGGCAUCUGGAGCUUCAUCUGCGUGCGUCGUCCCCUUUCCUCGAAGCGGGAGAGAUAUCUUCCCUGA